GAGCUUGAAACAGAUAGGACGCCUCGCCUCCUGUCCGGACAAGGAUAUCUCCACUGUGAACUCCAAUUCCGUCGCUGAUGAUUCCCCAUUUGCUGGGUUCGUGUUAGAACGAGAAGAAGAAAGAUGGGUUUGGUUUCGUUCUGUGACAUAAGUUCUGGGUUUUUCCUAAAGAAACCGAGUUUCACAAGAUGUUAUCAGGGAGCUCCAUUCACAAACUCUUACUCAAGAUCAUCACCAUUCUAUAUGACUGCACGAGAAAAAAUGAACGUGGCUAAUGUAAAAUUCUUGAACAUCGACGAAAGACGACGUCAAGGUCGACCCAUUGUUUUUAGAAGCCGUGGAAACACAGUGGAAAUGUGUGGAGAUGACAAAGAAGAGGAUGUUUCUAAAGCAACUUUGAUAUGGAGGGCAGUUAAACUACCUAUUUACUUUGUUGCUUUGGUUCCUCUCACUGUCGGUGGUGCGGCCGCCUAUUUGGAGACAGGAUCGUUUUCAGCGGGUCGUUAUCUUACCCUGUUGGUCUCCUCAGUUCUUACCAUUACCUGGCUCAACCUUAGCAACGAUGUUUAUGAUUUCGAUACAGGAGCAGAUAAGAACAAAAAGGAAUCUGUAGUAAACCUGGUCGGAAGCCGGACAGGAACCCUAAUUGCAGCGUUCAUAUUGCUCGUUCUUGGUGGUGCUGGUUUAUCUUGGAUAUCCAUGGAAGCAAGAAAUAUUCGUGCAAUAAUGUUGCUUGCUUCUGCAAUAUUCUGUGGCUAUAUAUACCAGUGCCCACCAUUCCGGCUAAGUUACCAUGGACUAGGAGAGCCACUAUGCUUUGCUGCUUUCGGCCCAUUCGCGACUACUGCUUUCUAUUUACUUCUGGCUAGCUCGAGUCAGACAAGCCAUGUUCCUCUAAACGGCAGGAUCCUUUCUGCAUCUUUCCUUGUCGGCUUCACCACAUCUUUGAUCCUUUUAUGCAGCCACUUUCAUCAGGUGGAAAGUGACUUGGCAGUGGGAAAAUUAUCACCUCUGGUUAGGGUAGGCACUGAAAGAGGAGCAAAAGUAGUGAAAUCGGUCGUUGUUUCGCUCUAUUCCCUGCUGCUUGUUCUUGGCCUUACCAGAAUUCUUCCCCUCACUUGCACAUUGAUGUGUUUCCUGACACUACCAAUGGGGAUAUUGGUUACAAGCUAUGUUGAAAAGAACCACAAGAUAUUAUUCCUGGGGAAUGGUGUAGGACAAGGGGAAGAUAUUCAUGGCGAAGUACUACUGCGUGAGACUGCACGCGCUGUUUGGAGCAGCUUUGUCCAUUGGACUCGUGGCUGCAAGGCCAAUCAACAGAGUCUAUGUUCCUGAUGUGGUGAUUUCUUGGCCUUGACAUUAGAUCAAUUCACCUUCUUCUUUUUCUAUCAGCAACUGCCAUUGUAAUAAAACCAUUCUUCGAGUAUUGACUGUAAACUUUCAUAGUUGAGGGAUCAUGAUGUAAAAACGGAGGAAGACAAGGCAUAUACGUACUUCAAAUCUGUCUCCUACGGUA